UUUUUGUCCCUAUAUCAAGCAUUCAUCAUCACAUUUGACAAAGAGCAAAGGCCACAAGGGAACACAGAGGGUGAAAGAGAGAGAGCAAUGGAAGGAAUACGGCAUAAGAUGGUGAAUGUCAAUGGUAUAUCGAUGCAUGUAGCUGAAAAAGGAGAAGGACCGGUUAUCCUCUUCCUUCAUGGCUUCCCGGAACUAUGGUACACUUGGAGGCAUCAAAUUCUUGCACUAAGCUCUCUCGGCUACCACGCUGUUGCCCCGGAUCUCCGUGGCUAUGGUGAUACCGAAGCUCCCACUGCUAUCACUAGCUACUCUUGCAUGCACAUCGUUGGUGACCUCGUUGCACUCAUUGACUCUCUUGGUGUAGAGCAGGUCUUUCUGGUUGCUCAUGAUUGGGGUGCCAUUAUUGGAUGGUACCUUUGCUUGUUUCGUCCCGAUAGAGUCAAAGCUUUUGUGUGCCUCAGCGUCCCGUUCAUGCCAAGAAAACCACAGAUGAAGCCUGUUGAGAGCAUGAGACUUUUCUUUGGAGAUGAUUACUAUAUUUGCAGAUUCCAGGAACCUGGAAAGAUUGAAGCAGAGAUAGCUCGCUAUGGAGCUUCAAAUGUUCUAAAGAAAAUCAUUUCGAGUCGAAAACCAGGUCCCCCUUGCAUGCCUAAAGAUAAUGCUUUUGGUAUCAAACCAGAUACCCCAAUUACCUUGCCAUCCUGGUUCUCUGAAGAAGAUCUUAGUUAUUAUGCCAACAAAUUCAAUAAAAAAGGCUUCACUGGUGCUCUUAACUACUACAGAGCUUUUGAUUUAAACUGGGAGCAGACAGCACCAUGGACUAAUACACAAGUGAAAGUACCUGUGAAGUUCAUUGUGGGGGAUCUUGACAGCGUUUAUACCACACCAGGGAUGAAGGAAUAUGUUAAUGGUGAAGAUUUCAAAAGAGAUGCGCCCAUGUUAGAUGAAGUUGUGAUAAUGGAGGGUGUUGGUCAUUUCAUCAACCAAGAAAGAGCUGAUGAAAUUAACUCACACAUUCUUGAUUUCAUAAUAAGUUUCUGAUCUGCUUUGUUUCAUCUCUAUGCUCAAAGCUGCUUUGUUAUCUCUUUUAGUUUUAUUAAUGCGAUUUCUCAUGUUAGAUUCUA